UUUUUUUUUUACUUUUAUUUAUUUAUUUAUUCUAUCAUGCUUAACCCUUUAGCUCAUGACUUUACACCCUUGUCUGCUAUAUUAUCACCUGAAGCAACAGACAAUGUCAAACAGAAUGCUCGGCAAAACAAAAAAUUUAAUGAUUCCAAACCAACAAAAAAACCAAGAACCUAAAAGCAAGUCAGACACAAAACUAGACACAAAGCCAAAAGACAAACUAGACGCAAAGCCAAAAGAGAAAACCAACAAGAAAAAAGACUCGCAGGUGAGUCAUCCUAAAAAGCCAAAUAACCGUGGGCGACGAAGGUCUUUACAGCAGACUAGUCCAACAGAUCUGUUUGGACAAGAAGCCAAGUUUAUUACGAUUGAAGCAGCUAUUGAUCCAGUGUAUCGACUGGAUUCUCAUGUGACGUCCGCUGUAUCUAGAAGACAGAGUGUGGAUCAACGUCCAUUGGAGCAUGGUUAUGAGCGAUAUAUUGAUUGGAUUGACAGAUCUCUACGUGUCUUUGAUACAGUGACUGUGGUUGGCAUGGAUAAUGCGGUGGUUGAUAUCGUUUCCAUAGUAACCAUUUUACAAGACCGAAACAUAGGCAUUCAUGAUGAUGUAGAGACAUUUAGUAUGGAUACUGGCCAUGGUCGAUUGACAAGUUGCAUUCAAGUGAAAUUACACUCAUUUUAGAUCCAGAUUAAUGCAACUCCUUUCUUUUCUUACUCCUUUUAGGAUAUAAGCAUGAGUCAAUUAAAGAAAAAAGGGGGAAAGUAUUUAAACGCGCUGUCUUUAUAUAUUUUAUUGCAUCUUUUUUUUUCUUUUUUCUUUUUUUUUCGAGUCGGAUUAAG